CAGUACCCGCGGGCUGCGCCGCCGUCCCUGCAGCGCCUUGGGUUUACAUCCGGGUCUUUGGGCUUCACGCGCCGCGCGCCGGCUGGGGUCGCUCGGGGUUGCUGGGUUCUUGUUAUUUCCGCUGUUCCAACAUCGGAAGUGUCGUUGGGUCGGCAGGUUUGAAUUCUUGUCCUGGAACCUGUGCAUCACCAUAAUGAGGCUUGUAAUUCUUGAUAACUAUGACUUGGCUAGUGAAUGGGCAGCCAAAUAUAUCUGUAAUCGCAUCAUUCAGUUCAAACCUGGACAGGACAGAUACUUUACAUUGGGUUUACCAACAGGGAGUACACCUUUAGGAUGUUAUAAAAAACUAAUAGAAUAUCACAAAAAUGGAGACCUUUCUUUUAAAUAUGUGAAGACCUUUAACAUGGAUGAAUAUGUAGGACUUCCCAGAAAUCAUCCUGAAAGCUACCAUUCUUAUAUGUGGAAUAACUUUUUUAAGCAUAUUGAUAUAGAUCCUAAGAAUGCUCAUAUCCUUGAUGGGAAUGCUGCAGAUUUACAAGCAGAAUGUGAUGCUUUUGAAAAGAAAAUAAAAGAAGCCGGAGGAAUUGACCUUUUUGUUGGAGGAAUUGGUCCAGAUGGUCAUAUCGCUUUCAAUGAGCCAGGAUCCAGUUUAGUAUCAAGGACAAGAUUAAAGACUCUAGCAAUGGACACCAUUUUGGCAAAUGCUAAAUAUUUUGAUGGAGAUUUGUCGAAGGUGCCAACUAUGGCUCUAACAGUUGGUGUGGGGACAGUGAUGGAUGCAAGAGAAGUAAUGAUCCUCAUAACAGGUGCACACAAGGCAUUUGCUCUCUACAAAGCGAUAGAAGAAGGAGUGAAUCACAUGUGGACUGUUUCUGCUUUCCAGCAGCAUCCUCGAACUAUUUUUGUGUGUGAUGAAGAUGCUACUUUAGAAUUAAGAGUUAAAACUGUGAAAUAUUUUAAAGGUUUAAUGCAUGUGCACAAUAAACUUGUGGAUCCACUAUACAGUAUGAAAGAAGGAAAUUGAAGGAGAUUGAAGCAAAUUCUACUUGAAUGAACAGGACACUUUUUAAGUAGUAGAUGAAUUUUCAGCUAUGCAAUAUGAUAAAACAUGGGGAUUUUUUGAAGAUUGUCAUUUUUGAAGUCCAAUAUCUGUAUGUUAAACAUUCCAGAUUUAGAAUGUGUCCAUUUUAUACUAAGGUUUAGAAGUAGUUGGCUGUCAAAAAUAGCUGUUUAUUAUAAAGUAUGGAAGCCACACAGCCACUCUGUAAAACAUCUUAGAAAUGACAUGUCUGUUUAAAAGUUUCAAGUCAUUUUAAAUUUGAAGAAUCUAUACAUCAAAUAUUAUUCAUAUGAAUCUGGUGGCAUUCUCAGAGUUUUAUUUUUUAAUCACAUAAAGACACUCCAAGCCUUUCAGGUAUCAAUCAUUGCAAACCUUUACUUUUGGAAUGUAAUCUUUGUAUUUUCUGUGCAUUACACACAAGCUUUUCUGCACGUGGUUGCCUUAGUCAUCUUUCUGCAGUAGCAUUUGGACAUGAAAAGUCCUGCUAUAUAUUGUUGGAACAGAGAAUCUGAAGAGAUGCCAGUGCCUAAAAGUACAGUUUACGUCCUUUUGGAAAGUAUGUAUAAGUGCAUGAUUUUUGUGCACCACCUUCUAUAGCACUUUUUUACAAAUGUGCUCUUAUUUUUAUUUAAUGACUUGGGUUCAUGCUUUUAAUAUAAGUAUUUUGGCAAUUAUGAACUUUAUACCUAGCAACGCACUUAAAGAAAUUCUUUUGAAGACAAUUUUCUGAUUAUUGUUAAAUUCAUAAAUGAUUAGCUUUAUUCCUGACUUACAUGUCUAAAAGGAUAACAUGAUGAAAUAUUUAUAAAGGAAUUACUGUAAACUUAAAAUUGCCAUUAACUUGCAUCAUUAAAUUGCAAAUAAAAGUAUAUUGUUUUUUAUCUUUAACUCAAAUAAAGCUUAUAAUAAAUAAAUGUUAUCUAAAUUUUAUUUCCAGAAGUAAAACUGAAUACUUGCAUUUGAGAUAUUCCAACAUUAGUAGUAGUAUUGAUUCUGCAUUUACUUUUUGUUUGUUGCCAUCAGGCAUUUAGGAGAUUUAAGUUAAAAGACAAUAAUUCUACCUAUAAUUUAGUAGUUGCUCAGUGGGGAGUAAAAAAUUCUCCUAUUUCUUCAGCAUAUUUUGCAUAUUAUAAGCCCAUCACGGAGAAGCAUUACUUACAUAACUUAAUAGAAAUGUGACUGAGAUGUAUUUAUAAUUCAGUUCCUUAAAAUAAAAAUAAACAGCAAAUAAAAAAUAAAUAAAAGUAAAUAAAACUGUUUGUAUAAAAUAUGUUCCUUAAAUUCCAAAUAAGGUAGUUAUAAUUGCCUUGGGUGAUACACAUGGUCCUGAAAUGACUAGUAAGUUGUAUCACCUUCCAGUCACACAUCCGGUAAUAAAGUACUGUGUUACUACAAACCACCCUAUCUUAGAAAAUGAUAGUUUUAUAGUGAAAAUGCUAAAGAUAACUGUUCUGGUGCAUGAUUCAACUUGUUAUUUCUGUGCUUUAAAUGUGCUAGGUGAAACACAAUUUAGAAGAUCUUUCCAUCACUGCCCUUGAUUUUAGGGGACUAGUUUGAGUCAAGCCCAUGUACUCAAGACCCUCAGCACACUGAUAUCUGGCCACUCUAACUCCGUAACUCAAAGGCUAAGCUGCUAUUAAAGAACAAAGAAGCCUAUUAGAUUUCCACAAGGCAAUAAAGCAUGGCAGCUAAAAAAUGGUAGGGUUUGGAUAAAGAAACCACUGUUUGAAUUCCAGCUCUGUCAACUACUGACACCAGCACAAAUAAGUCUGAGCUGCCAGCCCUGUAUGAUAAGGUGGUAAUAGUACCUGUACCUCAACUGUUGUAUAGACUGGGGAAAUGCCUACGGAGCUCA